CCAUCUCUCAUUCUCCAUCCUCCUCCGCCGUCCCUUCUCCCCAAAACACACACACUCGCACACGUAUCAGUCCCUGAAAUGGGUCGUGUGAUCCGAGCACAGCGUAAGGGAGCCGGGUCCGUUUUCAAGUCCCACACCCACCACCGCAAGGGCCCGGCCCGGUUCCGCUCCCUCGACUUCGGCGAGCGCAAUGGCUACCUCAAGGGCGUCGUCACCGAGAUCAUCCAUGACCCUGGCCGCGGCGCCCCGCUUGCCCGAGUUACCUUCCGCCACCCCUUCCGGUUCCAGCACCAGAAGGAGCUCUUUGUUGCCGCCGAGGGUAUGUACACAGGCCAGUUUGUCUACUGCGGGAAGAAGGCCAACCUCGUCGUCGGCAACGUCUUGCCGCUGAGAUCUAUUCCUGAGGGUGCCGUCGUUUGCAACGUCGAGCAUCAUGUGGGAGACCGUGGAGUUUUCGCCAGGGCUUCUGGGGAUUACGCUAUUGUCAUCUCCCACAACCCGGACAAUGGAACCACUAGGAUUAAGCUGCCAUCAGGAGCCAAGAAGAUUGUGCCUAGUGGUUGCCGUGCCAUGGUUGGCCAGGUUGCUGGCGGUGGACGUACCGAGAAACCACUUUUGAAGGCUGGAAAUGCAUAUCAUAAGUUCAGAGUGAAGAGGAACUCAUGGCCCAAGGUUCGUGGUGUUGCUAUGAAUCCUGUGGAGCAUCCUCAUGGUGGUGGUAACCAUCAACACAUUGGUCAUGCCAGCACUGUUCGUCGGGAUGCCCCGCCUGGACAAAAGGUUGGUCUCAUUGCUGCCAGAAGAACUGGUCGUCUCCGUGGUCAAGCUGCUGCUACAGCUGCUAAAGCGGAUAAGGGUGCUUAGACUAGUAUUUAGCAACAAGAAUUUACUUUUGUUUUGUUACCUUGUCAUUUUUUAUUUAAUCUGAAUCAGAUUUUGAGUCUUCAACUGUGUUAUUGUUAUGUUAAGGAUAUACCAGUUUUGUCUGGAUUAUGGAGAUUAUGUUGGGAUUACGUUCUGCUUCACUGUUUGAGUUCAUUCAAGAGGCCAGUGUUUUCAGUAACCUCAGUAUAAGUUCCCUUGUGAAUGCUGUUCACAUUUCAUUA